AUGUCGUGGGAAGAGAUCUUCCCCAAGAAGCCGAUGGACAGGCUGCGCUGGCUCUUCAAAGCCUGUAAGGCGGCGAAAGAGGGGCGGAUCAAGCCAAACCCACUGUACAACGUCGUGGCUCACAGGAGAUUUCUCGAAGGCCUCAAGGGCAGCAUUGCCACCGAUUGCCUCAAUCUCAUCCGUGGCCACAUCCACCUUUUCAGCCCGAAGCAGCAAAAGCAGCUGCAGUCUGACAACUUCGAGCUGUUCCGAAAGUAUGCCCCAAUCAGUGUCCUGGACUCUGACGACGAUGAGGAUGCUGCGCCGCCGUUGCCGCCACCUCCGGAGGUCCAUGUGGAGAUGAAGGACAAAAAAAGGAAGAGGGGCGAACAGCGGAAGCAAGUGGAAGAGGAGGAAGAAUUCGGUUUCAGCGAUGAUGAAACCGAGGUCAAGAAGGCGAGGAUCUUGGCCAAGGGCAUCGAAAGGCGAAUUGACCCAGCAGAUGGCCAGGCUUACUCCCUGGAGGAGUUCAUCACAGAGUACGGUGGCAGCGGGGACAAGCCACCUGUCGAGUGGGAGAACUCCAAACAUACCUCGAUGCUCGGCUGCAUGUGCCCCACCUUCCACUCAGUGCUGACGAUGGCCAAUUCAUCGAAGCUUCAGAUGCCGCUGCGGCAGAGUGCAGUGCUUGCACUGUGCUGGCGUGUGACAGAUGCAGUCGGGGAAAGGUUGCAGGGACGGAGCAAUAGAUGCGAGAUUCGCAGGUUCAUCUACAAGGAGUAG